AUGGAUUGGGCUUGGUGGAGCAGCAAUUCGGUGAGCAUCAUUGCAAACACUAUUGGAAUCGUUGCCAACUCCUUUCUGCUAUGUAUGGUACUAAAAAAGACACCAAAACAUCUGAUCUCCUAUUCCGUUCUGAUUUUCGACAUUGCACUCUGUGAUCUGAUAGCCUGUAUCGGUGCCAUUUUCAUUCUCUUGAGGGUAAUAUCUUAUGGACCCAACUCGUACAACUUCUACUAUGGGCCGUGCAGACUCUUUGGACCAGGAAUCUGCAUGAUUGCGCACGGUCUCAUUCUUUCUUGCCACCAGCAUGGCAUACAUAGUUUAUUGGUUUCGUUUGCUUAUCGUUACUACGUUUUGGUACGUGAUCCACCGCGAGUAUACAAAGUGGCAGCCACCGUAAUAUUGGUUUAUUUGCCGACGUUCUUCGUAUUUAUAGCCUUUGCUUCAUCCGAUGAAGAUCAGGCGAUAGUGAAAGCAGACAUCGAAAAGAACCUGGGCCACGAUAUGAGCUCGGAGUGUUUUUCCAGUGAAAAGGAAUGGGGGAUGAAUUUGUCUUCAUACUAUUUGAUGCUGCCACCGCUUCCUAUUUAUAUCACUAUUCUUAUUCUCAGAAGACUGAUCAUUUCGAAGAUUACCCUUCAAACAACCAUGUCUGAACGUACUCGGCAACUUCACAAGCAGUUACUUCGAGCUCUUGCUAUUCAAGCCUGCUUGCCUGUGCUCUACUUGGGCGGCACUGUCGUCAGUCUGGCUAAAAUUUUAGAAAUCUAUGAUCACCCUGUUAUGGGAUACGCUUUCGUCUAUUCGUUUUUAUUUAUUCCUGCUAUAAACCUCCUAGUGUCGUUAUAUUUGGUUGGGCCCUAUCGUGUAUGGAUACGUGAUAAGUUUCUGAUGUGGAAGCAGCCAAAUGCGAAAGGAACAGCCUCAACUACUGUUAAAGCACUCCAACAGAGAGGAAUCGUUGCACCGAUGCAACCUCAAUUACUACAUUCGUAA